AUGGCGGACCAAAAUAUUUCGCAGUACAAGUACUCGGCGAUGUCCAACCUGGUUCUCCAGGCGGACCGUCGUUUUAUCAGUCGCACCCAUGACGAACCCACUGGAGACCCGGAGUCUCUGGCGGGUCGCAUUGGGAUCCGGGAGAUGGGUGGACGAGUCGCGCGUGACGACGCGCCCAAAUCUAAGAAGACAGCCCCGACAGCUCUCGAGCGGGGCGCAAUCGGUGAGGGCGAAGAUGUGCUUUUACGCGAACAGAAAAAGCGCCACCGCGGCCAACCAGCACAACUACGAGGCCAGGGCAUCCUUUCAGCAGCAGAUGCCUUCGUCGAAGGCUUGAAAUAUCGUCCUCGCACACCCGCCACACGAGCCACAUAUGACCUUAUUCUCACAAUCACCGGCAGCCAGCUGGGCGAUGUCCCCCACGAAGUCGUUCGAAGUGCCGCCGAUGCUGUUCUGGAACUACUGAAGGACGAAGAGAUGAAAGAUUUCGAUAAAAAGAAGGAGAUUGACGAUCUUCUGGGAACCUCAAUGAACCCCAAGGAGUUCAACGAGCUCGUGAACCUGGGCAAAAAGAUUACAGACUACGAUGCGCAGGACGAAGAGGAAGAGAUGGAAGGCGGUCUCGAUGAAGAGAGUGGCGAACUUGAUGAACGCCAAGGUGUUGCUGUCGUCUUCGAUGAAGAAGAUGAAGAUGAUGAGCGCAUGGGCACCAUGGACGAAGUUCGAGACGAGGACGACCUCAGCGACGAAGAGGAAGAAGAAGAAGCGGAACGACUUGCAAUCGACGAGGCUGCAGCAGCCCAAGGCGAAGACGGUGAUGAAAUGGUCAUCGAUGGAGGUCUUGGCCGAGAUGAUAAAGCUGCAGAGAAGACCGGAUUGAAGGUCUCCGCUCGCCAAAUCGAUGCCUACUGGCUGCAACGUCAAAUCGGUGCCAUAUACACAGAUGCUCACGUCCAGCACGAGAAAACAGAUCAGGCACUUGAAAUCCUCGGUGGAAAGGAAGAGGACGGAACAUUAAAACCCCUGCGGGAUGUUGAGAACGACCUCAUGGAACUCUUCGACUAUGACCAUCCCGAUCUCGUUGCUAAACUAGUCACCAACCGCGACAAGGCCGUCUGGGUUACCCGCUGGAGAAGAGUCGCAGAGGAUGACGAUGCGCGCAAUCUUGUGGAGCUUGAGAUGGUCGAAGCCGGUCAACGUGCCAUCCUUGAUGAAAUCCGUGGCAAAGAAGCUGGCGACGAACUUGGAGCACCAGCAGAUAAGAAGAUAAAGUUUGACUUGAUGGAUGUCGAUGUUCCUUCAGGUCCAACUACCGACGAAAAACCCACCGAAGGUGCCCAGGGUGGCAUUCUCCAGCCCAAGAAAACGAUCAACUUGGAAAAUCUGGUCUUCCAUCAAGGCAAUCACCUUAUGACCAACCCCAAUGUUAAGCUUCCCCAGGGCUCAACUAAGCGAGCAUUCAAGGGAUACGAAGAGAUCCAUGUGCCACCACCCAAGGCCAAGAAGGAGGCUGGAGAAAAGAAUAUACCGACCACUGAGCUGCCAGAAUGGGCGCGUGUUGGAUUUGGAACCUCAAAGGAACUCAACCGUGUGCAGACAAGGUGCUACCCUUCAGCGUUCCAUGACGAUGGAAACUUGCUUGUCUGUGCUCCCACGGGUUCCGGAAAAACCAAUGUUGCUAUGCUCACGAUCCUCCGAGAAAUCGGGAAGAAUCGCAACCCUGAAACGGGAGAGAUUAUGUUGGAUGACUUCAAGAUUGUAUACAUCUCUCCCUUGAAAGCUUUGGUUCAGGAACAAGUUGGUAACCUUGGCAAGCGCCUGGAGCCUUAUGGUAUCCGAGUUUCCGAACUUACAGGUGAUCGUCAGCUCACCAAGCAGCAAAUUGCCGAUACUCAGAUCAUCGUCACCACCCCUGAGAAGUACGACGUUAUCACCAGAAAGGCAACGGAGACUAGCUACACCAACCUUGUUCGCCUUAUUGUCAUCGACGAGAUUCACCUUCUCCACGAUGAGCGUGGUCCCGUCCUUGAGAGCAUCGUCAGCCGAACGAUUCGCCGAACCGAGCAGACUGGAGAGCCUGUGCGAAUCGUGGGUCUCAGUGCUACCCUUCCCAACUACCGCGAUGUCGGAAGCUUCCUGCGCGCAGAUCCCGUCAAGGGCAUGUUCCAUUUCGAUGGCAGCUACCGCCCUUGUCCCCUCAAGCAGGAAUUCAUCGGUGUCACCGAAAAGAAGGCCAUCAAGCAGCUCAAGACGAUGAACGACAUUUGUUAUACCAAGGUUAUGGAGCAGGUUGGGCAGCACAGGAACCAAAUGCUUAUCUUCGUCCACUCUCGAAAGGAGACCGCCAAGACCGCCAAGUACAUCAGAGACAAGGCCCUUGAGAAUGAAACAAUUGGUCAGAUUCUGCGCAGUGACGCGGCUAGUCGUGCCAUUCUUUCCGAAGAAGCAGACUCUGUGGAUGAUGCAAACCUGAAGGAUCUCAUGCCGUACGGUCUCGGUAUUCACCAUGCUGGUCUGAGUCUUGCCGAUCGUGAUUCAGUCCAGGCACUUUUCGCCGAUGGAAGCAUCCAGGUCCUCGUUUGUACAGCAACACUGGCCUGGGGUGUCAACCUUCCCGCCCACACUGUUAUCAUCAAGGGAACCCAGGUCUACUCCCCCGAGAAGGGCGCCUGGGUCGAGUUGAGCCCGCAAGACGUUCUGCAAAUGUUGGGACGAGCUGGUCGACCCCAAUACGAUACCUUCGGUGAGGGUAUUAUUAUCACAUCCCAAGCGGAGAUUCAAUAUUAUCUCUCGCUCUUGAACCAACAGCUUCCCAUUGAGUCCCAGCUGGUGAGCAAAUUGGCGGACAAUUUGAAUGCGGAGAUUGUGCUUGGCAAUGUUCGUACUCGCGAUGAAGGUGUGGAUUGGCUAGGCUACACUUACCUUUACGUUCGGAUGCUCCGAUCACCUGGCCUGUACAGUGUUGGCGCCGACUACCAGGACGAUGACGCCCUAGUGCAAAAGCGAGUGGAUCUUGUUCACUCCGCUGCAGCGGUUCUCGAGAAGGCCGGUCUCGUCAAGUAUGAAAAGAAGACUGGACGUCUGCAGUCGACUGAGCUUGGACGUAUCUCUUCGCACUACUACAUCGGUCACAACUCCAUGCUAACCUACUCCCAACACCUUCAACCUUCCAUUACGACUAUCGAAUUGUUCCGAAUCUUUGCCCUAAGUGAUGAGUUCAAGUACAUCCCCGUUCGCCAGGACGAGAAGCUCGAGCUUGGAAAGCUGUUAGGCCGGGUCCCCGUCCCUGUUAAGGAGACCAUUGAUGAGCCCCAUGCGAAGAUCAAUGUUCUUUUGCAGGCUUACAUCUCCAGACUCAAGCUUGAGGGGCUUGCGCUCAUGGCAGACAUGGUCUAUGUCACUCAAUCUGCUGGACGUAUCAUCCGCGCGAUUUUCGAGAUUUGCCUGAAGAAGGGAUGGUCCUCAGUGGCCAAGACUGCGCUCGAUCUCUGCAAAAUGGCUGAGAGGCGCAUGUGGCCAACUAUGUCCCCCCUUCGUCAAUUCCCUCACUGCCCAAGGGAUGUUUUGCAGAAGGCGGAACGCAUUGACGUGCCUUGGGGCAGCUAUUUCGAUUUGGAUCCUCCCCGCAUGGGUGAGCUUCUGAGCAUGCCCAAGGCUGGACGUGUUGUGUGCGACUUGGUGUCUAAGUUCCCUCGACUCGACGUUCAAGCUCAAGUGCAGCCCAUCACGCGAUCCAUGCUGCGUGUCGAGUUGACCAUUACGCCCAACUUUGUCUGGGAUGACGAAGUGCAUGGCAAUGCCCAAGACUUCUGGAUUCUGGUUGAGGACUGUGACGGAGAGGAGAUCUUGUUCCACGAUCGAUUCUUGCUUCGUGGCGAAUUUGCCAAGUCCGAGAUGAAUGAACAUCUUGUCGAAUUCACUGUCCCUGUAUCUGAGCCGAUGCCCCCCAACUACUUCAUCUCGCUUGUGUCUGACCGAUGGAUGCAUUCUGAGACCAAGAUUGCCGUGUCCUUCCAGAAGCUGGUUCUCCCCGAGCGUUUCCCUCCUCAUACACCUUUGCUCGACAUGCAGCGCGCACCCGUCAAGGCACUGAAGCGUGAGGACUACCAAGCGUUGUACCCCAACUGGGAGCAUUUCAACAAGAUUCAGUCGCAGGUCUUCAAGUCAGUCUUCGACACAGAUGAGAAUAUCUUCAUUGGUGCUCCCACAGGAAGUGGAAAGACUGUUUGCGCUGAGCUGGCAUUGCUUCGUCACUGGUCAAAGCAAGAUAGCGGCCGUGCAGUUUACAUCGCGCCCUUCCAGGAGCUUGUCGACCACCGACUUGCUGACUGGCAGAAGCGCCUUGGCGGUCUGGAUGGCGGCAAAACCAUUGUCAAGCUUACGGGCGAAACCACAGCCGAUUUGAAGCUUCUCGAACAGGCUGAUCUUGUGCUUGCCACUCCUACUCAGUGGGAUGUGUUGUCUCGCCAGUGGCAGCGACGUAAGAACAUCCAGACAGUGCAACUGUUCAUCCCCGACGAGCUUCACUUGAUCGGCGGUUACGCUGGAUACGUGUACGAAGUGAUCGUGUCUCGCAUGCACUACAUCGCUCUCCAGACUGAAAACGAAAUGCGCAUUGUUGGUCUUAGUGUGCCUCUUUCUAAUGCUCGGGACAUCGGAGAGUGGAUCGGUGCCAACAAGCACACGAUCUACAACUUCAGCCCGCAUGCCCGUCCUGUUCCUCUGGAGCUUCACCUUCAGUCUUACAGCAUUCCUCACUUCCCCUCUGCCAUGCUCGCGAUGGCUCGUCCGGCCUACCAGUCGAUUUUGCAGCUCUCCCCCGAUAAGCCUGCUCUGGUCUUCGUUCCAAGCCGCAAGCAGGUUCGUGCGACCGCUGCGGAUCUCCUCUCGGCGUGUGCCAUCGACAACGAUGAAGAUCGUUUCCUGAACGCCGAUGCCAGUGAGCUUGCUCCUUUGCUGGAGCGUGUUCACGAGCAGACCCUUGCCACGUCGCUUUCACACGGUAUUGGCUACUACCACGAAGCUCUCAAUGCCACUGACAAGCGCAUUGUCUUGCACCUGUUCAGCAUUGGUGCAAUUCAGGUGCUGUUGGCUUCGAGAGAUGUGUGCUGGGAAUUGGAUAUCACGGCUCACUUGGUCAUUGUUAUGAACACUCAAUUCUUCGAUGGUCGUGAGCAUCGUUACAUCGACUACCCCAUCAGCGAUAUCUUGCAGAUGUUCGGCAAAGCCUCUCGUCCCGGUCAGGACAAGCUUGGCCGUGGUGUUCUUAUGGUGCCAGCAGUGAAGCGUGACUACUACAAGAAGUUCUUGAACGAGGCCUUGCCUGUCGAGAGUCACCUGCAGGUCUACCUUCACGAUGCCUUUGUGACUGAAGCUAGCACAAGGACCAUCUCCUCCACCCAGGAUGCGGUUGAUUGGAUGACAUAUACCUAUUUCUAUCGCCGUCUCCUUGCAAACCCCAGUUUCUACGGUCUUAGCGAUGUGAGCCACGAGGGACUCAGCACGUUCCUGUCAGAGCUGGUGGAGAACACCUUGAAGGAGUUGUCAGAGGCAAAGAUCAUCGACGUUGAUGAAGAAGAUGACAGCGUUUCACCUUUGAACGCUGCCAUGAUCGGUGCUUACUACAACAUCUCGUUCAUCACAAUGCAAACCUUCUUGCUGUCCCUCUCGUCCCGGACGAAGCUUAAGGGCAUCCUGGAGAUUGUGACCUCGGCGACUGAGUUCGAGUCUAUCCAGAUGCGUCGCCAUGAGAAUCACAUUCUCCGCCGCGUGUAUGAUCGUGUACCGGUCAAGAUGUCAGAGGUUUCCUUCGACUCUCCCCAUUUCAAGGCCUUCGUCCUCCUCCAAGCCCACUUCUCCCGCAUGCAGCUUCCUCUUGAUCUUGCCAAGGAUCAGGAAGAUAUCGUUCGCAAGGUCCUCAACCUGCUCAGCGCUUGUGUGGAUGUCCUCUCAUCCGAGGGCCAUCUCAACGCGAUGAACGCAAUGGAGUUGUCCCAGAUGGUGGUUCAGGCCAUGUGGGAUCGUGACAGCCCUCUGAAGCAAAUUCCCCACUUCUCUCCUGAGGUCAUCAAGGUGGCCAAUGAAUACAAGAUCAACGAUAUCUUUGAAUUCAUGGAGGCCAUGGACCCAUCGGAGAACAAGGACUACGCUACUUUGGUCAAGCGCCUUGGCCUCGAUAACAAGCAAUUGGCGCAAGCUGCGGCUUUCACCAACGAGAAGUACCCCAACAUCGAGCUUGACUUCGAAGUUGAGGAUGCCGAGGGUAUCACUUCUGGCGAACCCGCAUACCUCAAGGUCAAGAUCGAGCGGGACAUCGAAGAAGACGAGGAGCCCGACGCUACUGUCCACGCACCAUUCUACCCCAGCCAGAAGAUGGAGAACUGGUGGUUGGUUGUUGGUGAUGAGAAGACCAAGAGCUUGCUUGCUAUUAAGCGUGUCACCAUCGGCCGCAAGCUCGAGCUGCGUCUGGAAUAUGUCGUCCCUACGCCCGGAGACCAUGAGUUGACGCUCUACCUUAUGAGCGACAGUUAUGUUGGCGUGGAUCAGGCCCCCACGUUCAGUGUCAAUGCGGCAGAGGGAAUGGACGAGGAUGAGAGCGAGGAAGAAGAGUAA